AUGGCCUCAGAAAAGCCCAUCGUUCUUCACCUCGGAGAUCCUGUCGAGUUUAAUAAGGAACUAUACGCGCAAAUAGCAAAUGCUUUCACAGUGAUUCGACCUUCGCUUGAGGAGAGACAGCGGAAUGAGUUCUUGAAGGCCCUCCAAGAGAAAAGAUGGGGCGACUUCCAGGCCAUUUUCCGUCCCUUUUGGAAUAGCGGCGGCGAAAUGGGGCGCUGGGAUGCCGAGUUGAUUCGUCUACUUCCGUCAUCGUUGAAAGUGUAUGCGAGCGCGGGGGCGGGAUACGACUGGAUGGAUGUGGAUAUCCUGGCUGAACAUGACGUUGUAUACUGCAAUGGCGCACAGGCGUCGAGUGAAGCAGUGGCAGAUAUGGCUGUUUUUCACAUAAUAUCUGUUUUUCGCAACAUGCAGUGGUCCAUGGAUGGCGCUCGUUCGGGAGAUCCUAAGCUCUGGCUUGAGGCCCACCAAAACACCGCAGCUACCGCGCAUAACCCAUGCACACAGGUUCUUGGUAUCAUCGGGCUUGGCAAUAUUGGUUAUACCAUCGCCCGUAAGGCAUACGCCUGUUUCGGGAUGAAAAUCUACUAUCACGACCUUUAUCGCAAGUCGUCGGAGCAAGAGAAAGCAGUCGGCGCAUCAUUCUGCGAAUCGCUUGAUGACCUACUGGCUGCAGCGGAUUGUGUUGUUCUGGCAACUCCCUUUGGAGGCUCAAAGCUCAUUACCAGGGAGAACCUGUCCAAAUUCAAGAGGGGUGCUAAGUUCGUAAACAUCGCACGGGGAGCGCUUGUUGAUGAGAUCGCUCUCGUCGAUGCCUUAAAAUCGGGACAACUGUCUGCCGCAGGGCUUGAUGUUCACGAGCACGAACCAAACGUGAACAAAGAACUUGCCCGGAUGAGAAAUGUCACAUUAACUGCCCACACAGCCGGUGGUGCAGCCGAAACCCAGAUCGGAUUCGAGAGACUUUCGAUGGAAAAUAUUCAGCGAGUAUUGACUGGUCAAGAACCAUUGACGCCGGUCAACAAGCAUCUGCUCAAGGAAUGA